ACUAAUGGAAGAGUGAUAUUCAUCCAAUAGUUGCUCGAGGAGAUCUCACCGAAAUCUCUCAAAUCGGUUGCUUCGCAUCAUAUCACACCUCCCACUCCACACUACAGUUUUGACUGAUUAAUUACACCACCUUCAGCACCAUUUUAUUGCUUUGCUCGAUCAGUUGACCUCUCCGGGUUUGAUCGCAAUCUAUCUUUUUCCGAUAUAUGAAAAUGAGGCCAAACUCGCAGAAUCCGCUGAACCUGAAAUCCCUGAACCACAUUUCGCUCGUGUGCCGAUCGCUGGAGGCGUCCAUGGACUUCUACCAGAACGUUCUUGGGUUCAUCCCCAUCCGGAGGCCCGGCUCCUUCGAUUUCGACGGCGCUUGGUUGUUUGGUCACGGAAUCGGGAUCCAUCUGUUGCAGUCGGACGAGCUGGAGAAAAUGCCCAAGAAGGCCACGAUUGAUCCCAAGGACAAUCACAUCUCUUUCCAGCAGUGUGAGAGCAUGGGGGCUGUGGAGAAGAAGCUGAAGGAGAUGGGGAUAGAUUACGUGAGGUCUAUGGUGGAGGAAGGAGGGAUCCACGUCUACCAGCUCUUCUUUCACGACCCAGACGGGUUCAUGAUCGAGAUAUGCAACUGCGACAACCUGCCCAUGGUUCCGCUGGCUGGAGAGUUGGUCCUGUCGUGUUCUCGGGUCAACAUCCAGAGGAUGCAGCGAGAGCCGCCCCACCAAUACCAUAUCCAACAGCACGCCCCGCAGCAGAUCAAACAGCCGCUCGUCCAGCAGUAAUAAAAUGUGACGUUGUGCCAUUGCCAAGUUAUGAGGGAAAUGUUUGAUCUAAGUACUAUACGGGACCAUGACUUGGUGACUCAAUUACCAAAUAAGUUUAAAGAAGCUUUUGGAAUGUAAGAUCUUGGUUUGAAUGAACUCAUUAAGAUUUGUUAAUUGCGCCA